CAUACUGAUUUGUGCCCUGGGGAUUGAGCCUGCAACAGGGCUAAACCUCUGGAAAUGACCAAAAUUCCCUAAUUUAAAAAAGAUGAUGGAAGAACCUGCCACAUUGCAGCCUCUGAGAGUGACGUUAGCAUCUCUCCACAUCUGCAGGUAAACGCCAGACCCUGGGAGACAAGGGCCAAAAUGUCCACUAGAGCCGAAGCCAAGGCCACAGUGGGAGAUCUUCCCAGGGCUGCUGACGUAAACUCGGCUCCCACGCCGGCCUCCGGCAAAGGCUUCUGUUCGGUCCGACACGGGGUGGCCCUCACCAUGCAUCUCUGUAAUUUUACAAUUUCCACCCAACAAAUGAGCCUGAGCAUUGCCAUCCCAGCCAUGGUGAACAGCACAGCCCUGCCCGGCCCGCCCAACGCCUCCACCCACGGGCCUCCCGCCGGCUCCCUGGACAACUGGAAUGAAACGCUGACGGAACCGAAGGUGGUGGCGUCCGCGUAUGACUGGAGCCCCGGAAUCCAGGGGGUCGUCCUCAGCGCCCUCAACUAUGGCUCCUUCUUGGCGUCCGUCCCCGGUGGCUAUGUGGCUGCGAUCUUGGGAGCCAAGUACCUGGUCGGCACGGCGAUGCUGCUUUUCUCCGUCCUGAGCCUCUUUGUCCCGCUGGCCGCCGACGCCGGAGUGGCCUUACUGAUCCUCAUUCGGGUCGUCCAAGGCGUAGCCCAGGUUAUGAUACAAAUAAGUCAGUAUUUAAUUUGGGUGAAGUGGGCUCCCCCGUUGGAAAGGAACCAGCUCAUCACCAUUUCUGUCUCAGGGUUAAUGCUGGGCUCCUUAACCGUCCUCCUCGUCGGUGGUUUCCUCUGCGAGACCCUAGGGUGGCCGUACGUCUUCUACAUCUUUGGUGGAAUCGGCUGUGCCUGCUCUUCCCUCUGGCUCCUCCUCGUGUACGACGACCCCGGGGCCCACCCGCUGAUCAGCAGUGGCGAGAGGGACUACAUCCAACGCUCGCUGGCUCAGCAGGACUGUGCGCCUGACAGGUCUGUUCCCAUUAAGGCCAUGGCCAGAUCCCUGCCUCUCUGGAGCAUUUUACUGUCUCAGUUCAGCGAACACUGGUAUUUCUACGUCAUGAUGGCGUAUUUGCCCACGUACCUCAACUCUCUGCCUCAGGUGGACCUCAAAGAUAGCGGCUUCCUGUCGGCCCUGCUGCUCGGCGUGGCCUUUGUCUGCACCAUCCUCGGAGGCCUGUUAGCGGACUUCCUUCUCUCCCGAGAAAUCCUCACGCUCAUCGUGGUCAGGAGGCUCUUCACCGCCACAGCGGUUCUCUUCCCGAGUGUGUUCUCCGUGCUCCUGCCCUGGGUCAGCUUCAGCUUCGGCAUCACCAUGGCCUUCCUGGUGCUGAGCUUCGCCACCAGCAGCCUCUCCCAAGCAGGAGCCCUCGUCAACUUCAUCGAUAUCGCUCCCAGGUACACUGGCUUUCUCAGGGGCCUGUCGCUGGUCUUUGCUCAACUCUCAGGAGUCCUCUCUCCCACCGUUUCUGGAUUUUUCAUCAGUCAGGAUUCAGAGUUUGGCUGGAGAAAUGUCUUCUUGCUUUCAGCAGCUGUUAACAUAUCAGGUCUGGUCUUCUACCUCAUCUUCAGCCAAGCAGAGGUGCAGGACUGGGCUUCAGAGCAGACCCUCACCUGCAUGUAAGCAGCGACGUGCCCUAGGCCCUGGUGCUCCUGUGCUGUCAUUUGCCCUCAUGGACAUUCCCCUGUGUGCUCUCACUGGACUGUUUCUAGUAUCUUCUCAGAGGCCUUGGCUAUGCAACCCUGAAGGUUCUGCCUGGAGAUUUUACUGGGGAGGGGGAAAGGAGACCCAUUAUUUACCUGUGAGCUCCUGAAAGCGUAGGUGUGUCUGAAUUUCUGUGCUUCUCACUCUUUCUGCUGUUACUGUGACAUAAUCAUGCAUAUUUGAUCUCUGCCCCAGUUUCUGGCACAGAAAUCCUAAAACUCUUGUCAUUUCCCAAGUGAUGGGAUAAUAGGAAUCUCUUGUUAGAAUAUUUGGUCUUAGUCCCUCAUUCCUGUCACAAAAGCUGCUAAGACCCUUGGAAUUUCUGCAGUGACGCCUGUCUUUUUGGUGUGCAGGUGAGAAGGCUGGCAGCCGGGGCCCUGGAGAGCUUCGGGGUGGGGCCUGGUUGCCAGAAAGACCAAGGGAUGG